UAUUUCAAAACAACUAAGAUGUCUGGCCAGCUUUUACAUCACAUGUGGCAGCCAGAUGGAUGGGAACCUACUGGGAGUUCUUUCUUACAGGAAACGAACAUCCCCAGCAGUCACUAAGGUUUUCCAGAAUGAUGCCAAGAAAAAGAAAGUGGUUAACUCCAUUAAAUGCUGUCCAAAGUAAACCCAGCUUCUCUCCAGCUGACACCUCUGGGAGCCUGACAGUUGUUCUUGAUGGGAAUUCCUCUCCAGUAAGCAGCAAAUACUUCACUGAAAAGAAGAGGACAUCUUCCCGGCUAGGGACAGACUUUUUCAACCAACCGUGCAUCAACCUGGCUAAAUCAUUUCUAGGACAGAUAUUAGUUCAUAAACUUCCUGAUGGCAGAGAACUCCGGGGAAGGAUUGUGGAAACGGAGGCAUAUCUGGGUGGGGAAGAUGCAGCUUCCCAUUCAAAGGGAGGGAAGCAAACUGCAAGAAAUGCAGCAAUGUUCAUGAAACCGGGAACUCUGUAUGUGUACCAGAUCUAUGGGAUUUAUUUCUGCAUGAAUGUUUCCAGCCAGGCUAAAGCACAUUUGGGAGCCAAGCAGCUGCUAAGAUGCAUGACUAGAAAAAUAGGCAGUAGGUCAGUGGAAAACCAGAAGAAACAGUACACACAGUUCUUUGGGGAAGGGGCUGCAGUCCUACUCCGUUCCUUGGAACCUCUGCAGGGCCUGGACACCAUGAAGCAGCUGCGAAGUGCUCAGAGGAAAGCAUCAGCCAAACCCCUGAAGGACUGGCAGCUGUGCAAUGGGCCCUCCAAGCUCUGUCAAGCAUUUUCUAUUAACAAGAGCUUUGACCAAAAGGACCUGGUUCGGGACACAGCAGUCUGGAUGGAGCCUGGCUCAGAAGCACCGGGAGAGGAGGCUGUGGUGACUGCAGCCAGAAUUGGUGUCAGCUACGGUGGAGAGUGGGCACAGAAACCACUGAGGUUUUAUAUACGAGGGAACAAAUGCGUGAGUGUUGUGGACAAGAAGGUGGAGAGCGAGCAAGGUGCUGCAGACUAGAAGUGUGGGUGCUUUCAUUAACUAUCAGCCCUAGACUCCGCUCUGAUGGAACUGGCCAGGGAGGUGGUGCUGGUUUGGACGGUGUUUUUAAUAAUAAAUGUGCUGUGUUACAAUGAUAUGAGUAAGGUGGGAUGUCUGGUCAGUAGUUAGGCUGAGAGAGCCAGGCUCACUCCCAGCAGUGGCAAGCUCCUCUGGGGGUUCUGAAUGUCACUGGACUUGUUUUGUGGGCAUUUAGGGCAGGGCUCUUAACUCUUAGGUGAAAGCAAUGAGAUUUCACAUGGCUAGAACCCUUCAACUGUAGGGGUGAGGGAGGGAGGUUAAUAAGUAUGGUGAUGAUUUUUUCUUCUACCCAGCCUGACUCAUUCUUCUGCUUCCCUGCUGGUUGUCCCCAGCCACCAUACCCAAAAAUGCUCCUGUUUGAUUUCUGCAGUUGCUAAGCCAACAACCACCCAGGUCCCUGAGCAGAAAGAAAGCCCAGACAGUCUGUGAAGGUGGGGAGGUAUAUCCCCUUUGGGUACAAGGACACACUCUUCCAGCUGUGGCAGCACAGCUACAAGCUACCCUCAGCAUCAAACUCCACACUGAGCUAGUGACACACCAGCAACAGGGGCAGCACAGAGAGAGCUGGUAAAGAGAGGUAUCAAAACUGCUGUGAAACACUCAAAGCCUACAAGAGGUGCAGGAAAGAGUUAAAGGACAGAUUCACCAGGGUACUUAGGCACCUCACGAUGCACUUAUGUGCCUCAGGCCAACACUAAAGGCUUGUACACACUAGCGCUUACUUCAAUAUAAUUUAAGUCACUCGGUAGU